AUGAGUUAUCGACUCUCCACAGAACUAGAAGGUUUACAGAAUUUAGAGGAAUUGGAUUUCGUGGCUUCUAAAGGGGUUUUUCACAAUGAAACUACAUCGCUAUUACAAGUGGUGGAGGCUUGCUCACCAGCCAAGACCCUGUUUUUGAACAACAAUUACUUAACCAAGAUUACUUCCUCUCAAGGUUGGUGUGGUUUACGGAAGCUGGAAGAGUUAGAUCUUAGUGGAAAUGCACUUGACGGGUCAAUUCCUUCAUGUUUCCGUAACUUGACUUCUCUUGAUCUACUGGAUAUUUCAAGCAAUCGUAUUGAAAACAAUACAAGGUUACAACAGUUUCUCAUGCAAGGUAAUUCCUUCAAGGGUCCUCUACAGUUACCAAAACAUGUUAACGUUAACAUGUUUCAAGUUGAUAUGUCUGGGAAUAAAAUGCAAGGCCAAAUUCCAAUGAACAUAGGCUCCAUGUUUCCGCAUCUACAGAUCUUAAACUUGUCUAGGAAUGUCUUUGAAGGUAAUGUUCCUCCAUGCCUAGGUGGUUUGAAGUCUUUAUCUUCAUUAGAUCUAUCAUAUAAUAAUUUUUCUGGAGGAAUACUGGAGGAAUUAGUUAAGAGUGGCUCAUUGUUGACUCUCAGACUUUCAAGUAAUAACUUUGAGUGGGGAAAUACCACCUACAAUAUUUUAAGUGAUAACCAUUUGUCUGGUGAGCUCCCAAAAUGGAUAUGGAAUGUGCCAAACUUGGAGGCAUUGGAUUUUUCCAACAAUAAUUUCUAUGGUCACAUUCCUCUUGAAUUCUGCAAUUUGGGUUUGCUUAGAUUUUUAGACCUUUCUCAGAACAAUCUUUGUGGUUCUGUUCAAGUCAUCGAUAUCCCGGUAGCUAUGUGGAGGAACAAGUACUGUUUACGACAAAGAAAGGAUAGUACUCAUAUUCAGGCAACCUUCUUGAGUAUGUCUGGAAUUGAUGUAUCUUGCAACAUGCUAACAGGUCCAAUUCCACCAGAACUAGGAAACUUGAGUGAGCUCCAUUCAUUAAACUUGUCCCACAACAGUUUGAUUGGAUUUAAACCCUCAUCGUUCUCAAAGCUCGAGCAAAUUGAGAGUUUGGACCUUUCUCGUAACAAGUUAAGCGGCAUAAUCCCCAUCCAGUUGAUGGAGUUGAAUUCUCUGGCAGUUUUCAAUGUGUUGUACGACGAUCGUGGAGGCGCGAUUUGUGCGGAGAGGGUGAGCUGCGGCGGCUAUUGGCAAAUGCUGCUAUGGCUCAAUUUGCAACGUUUGACGAAAGCAGCUACUUGGGAAAUCCUUUUCUUUGUGGACCUCCAAAGCAUGAAAGUUGCAGUGGAACUGGUUUGCCCAACAACACCAAAUGCCUCUAGCAGUGAAGAAGAAAGCGGUUUUAUGCACAAGCAUGCCUUCCUUGUGUCCUUUUUGGCUUCUUACCUAAUCGUGUUAACGACAAUUGGUGCCGUCCUAUACAUAAAUCCUUACUGGCAACGAAGAUGGUUUUAUUUCAUCGAGCAGUGCAUCAACACUUGCCACAAUUUCAUUGUGGACAAUGUUUCAGAAGAAGCUCGUAGCCCAAUGCCUUCGUGGUUUCCUUUUGUUUCUCAUUGUUUAAUUAGUGAUCUUUUCUAA